AGAAACUGGGGAAAAAAUAAAAUCCCUAUUAUAAAUUCUGUUUCAAUUUCUGCUUAUAAUUUGUUACUUCAGGCACUAAACACAUCCCAGCCCACAGCAUACAAUUCUCAGGCCACAGGGUUUUACAUUGCUGCCACACUGACAUUGUGCUGGAAACCAGUUACUCCUCUAUUAAAUGUUGAUCUGUUUGCCCUCCUGAAGCCACUUCUGUGAACCCCCCCUACAGGGGAUCUUCCAUAUGCUAUGAGCUUUGAUUCCUCAUCAGCUCAGUAAUUCUGUGUCCUAUCCUUUACCAGGUAGCUAAAUCUUACUUUUGAAGAUUUGAAUGGCAUUUCACAUUGGUCAUCUACAGAGAGGACAAAGGACACUUUGCAGAAGAAAAUCUUUUAUAUGCACAGUUUGAGAAAGAGUGCAAAAAUCUUGGAAGAUGCAUCCUGAAAUACAGAAUAUGAGGGAAGUUGCCCUUGUUUACCUUGACAGAAGUGGCGGUCUUCAGAAAUUUGUGCAUGAUUGCAAAAGAUAUAAUGAUUCAAAACAAAGUUAUGCUGUUUAUCGUUUCAUUAUUUCAAUAAAUCCUUCUGACAUUGCUGAAUUGGAUGCGACUCUUGGAAACUAUAUUCUUCAUAAUCCCCUACAAGCUGCACAGAUUUUUCAGUCAGUAUGCUUCAUAGCUAUUAAGACAUUAUCAUUAAUUGAACAAUUGGAGACAGAGGCCCAGAUCAGUAUACUGCUGAAACCAACACAUUUGCCACCUUUACCAAGUUAUGUUCUGAGUCUUUCUGCAUAUCCCUUUAAUUACACAUCUCAAAGAUUUUAUAUGUCUGAAGGGAUAGUGAUCGCAAUGGGAACUGUAACAAAAUACACACAAGGAGCAAGAUUUCUUUGUGCUGAGGAAACCUGUCCAUUCUCUGAAGGGUUUAGGUACAUCAGAGUGCAUUGUCCUGGAGCUACAGAGUCUGCCACAGUUAGGACUGAUUUUGCGUGUAGCUUGUGUUCUUCACCACUGCAGGAAGACAUGAAAUUUAGAGUACUUGGUGAUAAGCAAAUAGUUGAAAUGAUUGAUGCUAAAAUUCUGAAUGCUUUGAAAGGAUAUUCCAACAAUAAAUCACAUUUUAGGAUUCAGGCAUUUACAGUUUUCUUGAGAGAUGAACUGGCCAAUAAAAUGACAAUAGGAAACCACUACAGGAUUAUAGGAAUUCCAGCUUGUGUACAAAAUGGCUUACAAGCUACUGCAUGUAUAGAAGUAAAUAGCAUACAGCUCUGUAAACCAAAUGGUCCUUCUUUUCUCAGUGACAAUUUUAAGUAUCUGCUCUCAUUGACUUCAAGUUCAUGCUGGAGGUUUACUGCUGUCUUGGCCAACAUCUUUGCUUCUCAAGUUGUUCCACCAGGCACUUACAAUACUCUUAAACUUGCAAUAUUGCUGAGUCUAGUACAGACAUGUGAAAAAGAAAAUGCAGAUUAUCUGGAUCUGUUGAUUGUGACAAGUGACACACUAGUAAUUGAUAGGCUUCUGAAUUACAGUUUAUGCCUUCUGCCUCGUGGCAUACGACACCCACCUUCCAGUGAAAUUUUUCCUUCUGUGUCCAAAGAUAAACAUGGAACUGGAAGUGCCAGUAUUCAAGCCUGCAGCGCUGUGCUGGCCAAGGGUGGUGUCUGUUACAUAGGAGACUUAUCUUCAUAUAAAAAGGAUAAACUUGAACUUCUACAGUCUGUACUAGAGAGCAGAACAACAACAGUAUUUAUUCCUGGGAAGAAGUACGGAGAAGAAGCUGACCAACAAGUUACUAUUUCAGUUCAGACCAAUUUUUGGUCUUUUGUGGAUGUGGAUUCUUCCUCGAAGAAACAUAUACAGAAGGAGAACUUUUUAAUUGGACAAAUGGACAUGAGUUUGAUUCCAGCUAACCUUGUAGAUGGUUUUGGGCUCUUGAUAUACAAUGAGUUUCCUUCGUGUCGACUGUCUUCUCCUCUUGUACACCAUAUCUUGAAAAAAGCCAUUAAUCCUGAAGCCAUGCUGUACAAAGUCUCACAGCAGUUCAGAACACAGGAUUAUGAGGAGUUUAUUUUGUUUGCUAAGAAUCUUCAUGUUGAACUGAGUUCAGAAGCAGAGAACCUCAUUCAAGGCUACUAUCUUGCAAGUCGCAGGGUGAGAAGAGAUUCCGUUCAUGGAUCAACAUUAUCAGCAUCUGCACUAAAAAUUCUGAUUUCACUGUCUAAGGCUCAUACCAAGCUAAGUUUAAGACACACAGUACUUCAGGAAGAUGCUUUGAUUGCCAUCUUGUUACUUGAGUCAUCUCUUACCCUAAAACACGGCACAUCUGCAUUAUGUGUAGCACCAAAUUCUGUAUUUCCAUUUGACCUCAGUGAUGAAAAUUCCCUGCAACAGAGAGAUAUUUACCUCAUGCAGUGUCACCAUGAACUCCUGAAGUUUAUUGCGGCAUAUGGUCCAGGAAUUCACAUCAACGCUAAUGAAGAGUAAAAACUCCUCUCUGUGGAGUAAAGCCUGAAGCUUUGGCUUUUUGAGAGACUAUUUUAUUGAGAUAGAAAUACAAAAAUAUAAAAAACUUACCAGCUGUCUAAGACAGUUCAGUGCUGUUUUAUAAGGAAUAAAGCAUAUCCAACAGGAUUUGAAUUGCUAGUUUUUUGACAGUGUUCUUGGAAGGCAGGAGGGAUGCCUUCAUCCUGGGAGGCCAUGGCCCCAGAAUAUAGCCACAAUCAGAACCUCUCUUCCUGGCUACAAAUGUUCAUUCACUGUUAAAUGAGGACUAAGCAGGGUUUUUAGUAAGACAACUAAAAUUUAAACCCCAACUUCAGAAUCUAAUGUUGCGCCUUUCAACUACGUGAAUUCACUGCAGUUUUUCUUGUUGCUUCUUUUCAAGUGUAUCACCUAGAGGGGUUAAGUAGUUUUAAGUACAUUAAAACUUUUCCUAGUUUAAGCCAACUUUCAUUACUCACGCUGUAUAAAUUUUGAAAUGUAUAAAAGCGUCACCAUA